AUGGGUGGCUGCAGCUCAAAGACGUACGACAACACCGCCGAGCCGGUCCCGCAGCCAGAGCCGACCAGCAUUCCCGCCGACACCACCGCUGUCGACACCACGCCCGACGUCGCGCCCACCGAGACGCCCGCCGCCGACGCGGCGGCCGCACGCUCGGACGUGGAGCCCGAGGCGGAGGCGGCGGCGGCAGAGGAGCACAAGGAGGAGGGUUCGGUCGCUGAGGCCGGGGCGGCGCCUGUCGAGGCGGCCGAGGAGCAGCCGCCGGCCGAGCCGACCAAGGCGCCCUCCUUGGUGGACAAGUUGGUUGAGUACGUGUCGGGCCGCAAGUCUGAGCCCUCUGUUGAGGCUGCCAAGACCGAGGCGGCGGAGGCCGACGCGCCGGUCGAGGCGGUGGAGGCGCCAAUAGUACGCGCGCUGAUUGACGUGGAGGCGCCAGAGGAGGCGGCGGCGGCCGCGGCGGCCGCGGCUGCCGAUGCGGUCCCCACUCUGCGCCCCGAGGAGUCCAUCUUUGGUGUGAUUGCCGCGGUCUUUUCGCCGCGCAAGGACUCCACCCCGGUGAUCGAGGAGCCGCAGGUCGAGGAGGCGGCGGCAGAGGAGGCGCUGAACGAGGAGGUGCCGGCUGAGGCGGCUCCGGAGCCUUCUCCGGAGCCUGUGGCCGAGGAGGCUGCGCCUGAGGCUGCUCCGGAGGCGGCGCCCGAGACGGCGGUGGAGGAGGCGCCCGCGGUCGCUCCCGAGGAGGAGGAGGAGAAGCCGACGCUGAUCCAGAAGCUAUCCAAGGCCUUCUCGAACCUCCUGCCCGCCGCGCCGAAGUGCAUGCCCUCCCGCCCCGCCCUCGACGAGGAGCCGGCCGACGCCCCGGCGCCUGCCGAGCCGGCUGCGGCGCAGUGGGGCACCAAGCGCAUCAGCGCCCAGCACUGGAAGUAA